CGGUAUGGUUUAGCAUUUCCUCGGACGGCCAUUUUAUAGGACGCUUCACCGUCGCGUAUGUUUGCUUAUUCGGUGUCUUUUACUCUUUUUAACGAAUAAACUAUUUAUAUGUUCUUUAAAUAAUUUAGUUUAUUCAGUGCAAAAAACGUUCACAAUGAUUAAGCAAGAGGAGGGUCAAGUGCAGAAUAAUGAGGAAAGAGAUCGAAGUAGAGAACGUGAUCGUAACAGGAGAGCGGAGCGACAAAAUCGCAUAAAUUCUACAAGCCGUGAUCGUAGCAGAGAACGAAACGAUCGUGGUCGAAAAGCUUCAGAUCGACGAAUCUACGUAUCAAACAUUCCCUAUGAUUUUCGCUGGCAAGAUCUCAAGGAUUUAUUCAGAACGGAAGUUGGAAAAGUUGCUCACGUUGAACUUUUUACUGAUGAAAAUGACAAACCAAGAGGUUGUGGUAUCGUUGAAUUUGAAGAUUCAGACUCGGUAAAAAUUGCUGUAGAAAAAAUGCAUCGGUAUGAUAUUAAAGGGAGAAAGCUGGUCGUCAAAGAGGUAGACUUUGAUGUUGAACGGGACAAAUAUGGCCGGUUAGCAACAGCUCGUAACAAUGAAAGAGUUCGUGAUGAUAGAUUUAGGGAUCCGCCAAGGCCACAAGGUGGUGGGCGUCAAAAUAUGAAUGCCCCUGCUGGUGGAGGUGGUGGUGGUGGAGGCGGUGGUGGAGGUGGCGGCGGUGGUGGCGGUGGUGGAGGAGAUAGCAAAUUUGGGAAUACAUACGGUCUAAGUACUCAGUUUUUAGAAUCUUUAGGUAUUAACGGACCUUUAGUUACUAGAGUAUUUGUUGCAAAUCUUGACUACAAAGUGGAUGAAAAGAAAUUAUUAGAAGUUUUUAAAUUAGCUGGUAAAGUACUACAUGUUGAAUUAGGAAAAGAUAAAGAUGGAAAAUCUCGAGGAUUUGGAGUGGUAGAAUAUGACCAUCCAGUAGAAUCUGUACAAGCUAUAUCAAUGCUUCAUAAUCAGCAACUUUAUGAUAGACGUAUGACUGUGAGACUUGACAGAGCAAAUGAACCAGACAUGCCACCAAAAUUACCAGAAGGGUUAAAGGGAAUUGGAAUGGGUCUUGGAGCUGGUGGUAAUAGAUUAAUGGAUGUAGCUAGAAACAUUCCCAAUGUACAAGCAAAUAAUCCACCUGUUGUGAAUCCUAUUUCUGCUCCUGUGUUGGCUGCUGGUGCUUUUGGAGCUGGUUUAAACAAUGUUGUGCCAGCACAGUUAGCAUCUGCAUUGACAAAUUCAAAUGCUGCAGCUCUUCAAGCAAGUCUUGCUGGAGGUCUGAGCGCUAACCUGACCACGAGUUCUUUGCUGAAUUCGUCGUUAACAAAUGAGUUGGCUUCUAACUUAAAUAAUUUCGGCGGAGGAGUUGGAGGUUUGUCUAAUUUACAAGCCUCUUUAGCUGGUGGACAAGGCAACAAUUCAUUUGCGCCGCGAGGCUUAUCUAAAAUGGACAAUGAUGUAGGCUUCGGUGGAAACAAUGCUUUUGGUGGUUCUAACUUCGGUGGUGGCAGAGAUUUUGACGGUGGAUUCAACAGAGGGGACAACGAUCGUGUUCCUGGUGGAGGUGGUGGUUUUGCUGGAAAUCAAGGUCAAGGAGGAGGUGGGAACAGACAGAAUACUAAUGGUUCUCGGCCGAUGUCAGACACUAUUCUUAUAGGAAAUCUCCCACCAAACACGACAUGGCAAAUGUUGAGAGAUAAAUUCCAAGACGUUGGAGAGGUGAAAUUUGCUGAAAUGCGGGGAACUGACAUGGGCAUGGUACGAUUCGCAUCUGAAUGGGAUGCUGAACGCGCUGUGUCUAUGAUGAAUCGGUCACGUAUCGAUGGUAGAACGAUUGAUGUUCGUCUCUACUAAAGUCUGGGGAAUACACUCAAGCGAGAGGAGACUGGGUGUUCGUAUGUCGUCUGCAGGAUUGUUCCACUCCUGGUGACAAUACUUGAAAUUCAUCCUAGUAGUGUGGCAGAACUUAGGACAGUGGGUGAGAAGUAUCUGUCGUUGGAAGAUCAACAGUUGUUUUAUGCCUACUUCAACGUUGAAACACUUAUUGGCUGCCGAUGAUCACCCUUCCUUGCUGCGACUAUUUCAUUCGAAAUUCUUUUACCAGAUUAUCGUUCCUUUUUACAGUGGAAGUCUACUAAUUGUUCACUCCUAAAUCGAUCUAUUUGAGUGAUCGACAUAUAGUUUAGUUGUUAGAUGUAGGUUCAUAAUGUUCUACGUAAUCUAUAGGUUUUUCAGUAUAUAGGUUUAUUAUGCUAUUUACAGUAAUUAUCAAAUGUAGCUUGUAAGUUUAUUUCUUAGUUCUCACGAGAGAUCAAUCGAUUUCCCCACAUUCCGGUUGAACAUGACGAUUUGGUCGUUCGCGGAGUGGUUUAUCGAUCAGGGACAGAUUAAUCUUUCAAGCAUAAAUAUUAAAGCGAUAUAGUUGUUACGGAUUUUACGAGUUAAAGUUUAUCCAUGUAUGAUAGAUACUUUCAUGCACAAUCCUACACACAUCGUGGAUGUGUCGAUUUGUUUGUGGUAUCGGUCGCACUCUAUUCUUGUAUCUAAUACAUAGUAAGAUACAUCAUCGCUCAACAGGGGACUGUAUUGUUUUCAUAAUAGUUCUGCGAUCUGAUCUUUUAUUCGUCGCGUCACAUCGUUUUAGUAACUUGGAGAUUCAAGUGUAGCGGAGCAUACAAAAUUUUAGUUGUCAUUAGGAAGGUCCCUUCCAAUUCGCUCGUUUCGAGACUUCAGCGAACGAACAUUGGAUGACUUUAUACCCAAAAUUUGGCAGAAUUUGUCUUACGUAUUGUGCAUCAAUCAUAUGUUUACCAAAAAAUACAAAAUAUUUGUGUAAAGAACCAACAAUUUUUAAUAUCUGUCGGUUUUUACAAAAUGCAAAUAGAGGCUUUUCACAGCUAAUUUUAUAUAUAUAUUCUUUGGUAAACAUAUUUCCUCUCGCUAUGUAGAUCUCGAGGAACAUUCUGCGCAUUGUAUAACACUCUUGUAUAACCACAACAUCAUGACAGAGAUUGAAUAAAAUCCAAAUCCGUUUUGACUACAAAAAAA